UGCAGCGCAGCCAGUGUUCUCUCCCAUCCCGAGCCCCGCACCCUCUCCUUCCUUCUCUCCUCCUUUCUCCUCGCCAGCCACCAAUCUGCCUUCUUGCUGCUUCGUCUCCUCCACCGCCUUGUCUCCGGCCGCCGGCUUCCCGGCCGCCCUACCUCACAACGACGUUUUCCGAGGAGCAAUGCGAGCGAGGCCAGCAUACGAAAGGAGCGGAUCGAGGUCUCGCAUGCUGGCUCCGUCAUCUGCUUCGCCACGUUCUAGAUUCGCGCCGCCCCGUGCGAUGGUUCUAUAUCAGCGCAAGUCAUCGCCGCAGGAUAUCAGGGGCGGUGGGUUCUUCACGUCGAGGGCUGACGAGCUGGGGAGGGUCAGAAGGCUAACAGGGCAUGCUAAAGAGUAGCGAGGUCGGCUGUGGGGGAGAGGCUACCUCGGAGCUUCAGGCUGCACACGCGUCGCAAUUUGGCGGUGCGAGAGCAGUUGCCCGGAGGCCGAAGCUCGGCUGCGCACACCUUGUAGGAUUUGGUCUCACCAGGCACUCGAUGCCGGCCUCGUCGGCGUCCCGAGGUGACACAACGACGGCCGUGCUCGACACCCUCUUUCGCGACUCGACGACGGCCGGCUCAUACAGUGGUCCAGUGGACGGCGGCCUCAGCAGGUGGUUACGACGAGUGCAGCUGGUGCACGAGCUCUCAGUCGGCUCCUCGUCUCGGGUGCAGACUGAGAGUUGGAUGCUCUGUGCGUAUGGAAGUGUUGCACCCACUGUUGUUCCGGCUGUGAGGUCACUGGAGGAAAGAGAGUCUAGCUUGCGAGUUUCGCCGAUGCGUCCAUGACGGCGAUGCCAAAUUCCGAGGAGAUACCAAAGGUGUACUGGGAGGCGGUGCUUCCUGGAAUCCCGAUGCCUCCACCUAUCAUCAACCUGCUGUUAGCCCAACAAAAUGGUAUCUCUCCCUCCCUCCCUCCCUCCCUCUCUUCCCACCUUGGUGACCUCAUUUAAGUGGUUUUGAUAAUUUGUUGUACAACUUUCCCUCUUUGAUACCUACAAAUUCUUUAUAACGAUUCUUAGUUUGCAAUCCAUUAUGAAACAUAAAUGAAGAUAAUAGAUGUGAAUCUUUUGUUCUAAUGAAUGAUAAAUGUUAACUUAAAGUAUAGAGACUAUUGCAUACAAUAUGAUAUCUGUACCAUAAAGGAUAAGUUAAGCUUUUCUCCACCAUGUGAACUAAGAACUUAUAAGCUAAUUUGAUAAGAAGCAUAGUACUUGUAUCAUUCGGAAAAUGACACCUUUGUAUUCCAUUUUCAGGGAUAGUCAUGUUGUGCUUUGCUUUUAUAUGAUCUAAAACUGCAUGGUUCUUGUGCAUUUCAGAUGUUCUGGGAUUAGUACGAAUUUUACUAUAUCUGAAAUUCUAAAAUUAGUACGAGUCUGACAGCCUUGCAACCAAACCAAAACUAAAACUGCAGGGAUCUUGUGACAGCCUUGCAACCAAAACUAGAACUACAAGGAUCUUGUGGAGUUCAAAGCUAGCUGUCGUUUGCUGGAAUAUCAGUUAUCUUGUUUGUGCACGAUUAACCUGCUUUUCAUGAAAAAGUAGAAUAUUUUAGGACAGACCAUCAAGUUGGUUGGCAUUUGUUUAGAUCUUUAUGAGAAGCAGCUCCUCUCAGUAGGACUUUUCGUUUUUAUUCAUCUUGCUAAUAUGAGAAUAUACUUCUUAGUUAGAUAUCAGUUACACAAUUAGAACACCAUGAAUUCAUUGUUUUUUAUAGUACCUUGCUGCUGUGAAUCAGUGUAAUAAACUUGGCGUACAAAACACAUGUAGAUUUUGUUUUAUUCAUCAAAUAACACAUCCAGAAUCCUUGUUAACAAGGACCAUCUGAUGUGAAUCAAUGUAAUAAUCUUCUUUAUGAUUCUAUCUACCCAUAUGAAUGACUCAAUUGAAUUAAUUUUCAUAAUCCAGAUGUUCUCUUUUAUUGGUUGUGGUUCUGAAUAAUUAUUGCUGCUCUCUGGAGCAGAAGCAAUGAAUCUUGAAGUUUAGAAGUUUGGGGGGUGGCAACAAUACUGCUCUUUACACUGUCUGUCGCUGUUAUUUCAUGUUUCUGAAUGUAAGUCCCGAGAACUAAGUGUCGCAUGUCGUUGAACUUUAAUGUUAUGUCCUGUCUUGUGUACUAAACUACUGUUGGAUGCUACGUUUGAGUCAAGAUAUGCUUAUGUGCGAUCAAUGUUAAAUCUGCAACAUAUUGUUAUAUUUUUCACUUGUUUGCUACCACUGCUUAUUAACUAUUAAGAAAAGAUGGGGAAUAGAUGAUGUUUUGGCAAAAGGAAACGGCACACUAUUUUUUACAUGAUGAAACUGCAGACUGGUGGAGACUUCCUGCUAAUAUGAUAGACAUUGAUGCAUGUAAUGGGUUAUCUGCAAUAUACCUCGAUUUUGAAUGUGACACGUCAUGUAUGUAUACGCUAAAAAAUUGAGCUGGUUGCAGCUCCGUAGGUAGGGGUAUGUAAUUAGUCAGUAUAUUUUUAAACUAUUAGCUCACCUUGUCAAAAUAAUUUUUAAUGUACAUGUAGUGUAUCUAAAGUUAGGAUCUUUCUUACAUCACAACCAAGUUUCCAGCCUACACAUAUUUAGCCUUUUACCUAAAAUGUUAUUACUUUCUCAUGUCCUGCUUGAUGUUACAUGGUGUUCAAGAAAGAAUUAUGGGUCAUUUUGUCAUGAAGCAUGAGAACGAUAAUACCACCUCAGGUGGGGAUAAAGCAAUAAAUAAAUAAAUGGGAUGUGAUUACUGAAACAGGAUAAUGUACUCUUCUCUCGAUUAUGCAUCUGUAAAAUAAAGAUUAGUGUAGAUGGUACAUCUAAAGGGCAACUUUACUGGUCAUAUUCUUCCCUUUUUCAGUUCACAUGAUUAGUGCCACCUCUUUCUUUUGUGUAGUGCUAGGCUACGGGCUGGUUUUCUCUUUACUGCCCCAGUUGGAUUAUAUCUCAAACUUCUGUUGUUGUGCCCUAUGCUGAGAUUCUCCUAGCCAGUGGAAAAGGUGCAUACUGCCUCAUCAUCUUUUUCCUUUAUAUUUCUCCUCGAUUGGAAGGAGUGGAUUACUGCUGCCAAGUUCUUGGAUAAAAUGAAGAGAUGCAAGAUAUGUAUGAUGUCAUGUCAGUUAUUUUGUUUUGCAAUAAAAUGGGUAGUUCAUGUAUUCCCUAUCGAGCAAGAUUUAUGUCGAAACAUAUGUAUGUGCUUCAGAGAUUUUGAAGUCUUCUGGUUAUGAGA